UUUUAGUUGAAUCGAAUCUUUCAAGCCGUGCGCACAUAAACCGCGUUGCGUCCAGCGUCGUUAUUCGUGUUGGUCGUCAGCGUCGCUCGUUUGUUUUGAUGCUGUGUUUUGUUGUUGCUACUGCUGCUCUGUUUCCCUUUUGCGUUUUCGUCAUCGUCAUCGAAUUAACUUGGGCAGUAACUUGUUUUUCUAUCAUGAAUUUUUAUCAAAACAACAACAACAAGCAUUUGUCUUGGGUGCAUCCAAACUUAUAUAGAAGUACCUUUCUUUAAACUGCAUAGACAUAUUAAAAGAUACAAAAGUAUCUUCUCGUGUAAAGAAAAUAUAGAAAGACGUCCUAUGACGACAAUGAGAUAAUUCGUGUGCGUUUUAGUGUUACAAAACUUAUAGGUACCCACUUUCGUCUCGAUCGAUGCGCAUAGCACUCGACACGGCAACGGAUGCCUGCAGAUACAACUUCCCAAAUAUACACAUUCGUGCGCAAGGCCGUUUUGAAAACAUUUCGGUUACGGUUAGUCGGGCAUUUCGGAUGAAAGAUUCUCCCUUAAAGUUGUACCUUUGCUAAAAUCUUUAAAAGGGCUUAAAAAGAGACUUUAGAGCAUAUGUUGAAUUUAUGCUCAGAUCUUAAUUUAAAAAAAAAACAAAUGUAGUAAACCUGUAAUUCUAAUUACCAACCUAUAAAAAAAAACAAAAAUUAUCUUUGAAGUUGAAAAUUAAUGCGUUGGUGUUAACUUGAAGUUGUAUAUAGUUUUGCAUCAACGGUUGUAUAUCUUGCGAGUUAAGAAAAGUGCGGCUAUUGAAUAGUUGUUAAAGUUGUUCUUCGACGUCCGUCGUCGCGGUCGUCGUCAUCAUCGUCAUCGUCGACGCGUUGCGCAGCGUUGUCCAUAUUCUGGACCAAAGAGUUAUUUUAUUUUUGUAUGGUUCUUUUUUGGUUUUCUACUUCUUUGAGAUAACUGACAAAGUGGUUCUACCACUUUGGCUAUACCUAUAACCAAGAAAUAUCCGUUUUUCUUUCUAUCGAGUGGUUCUGGUGUUUGGUGUAUAUAUAGAUUCUUUUCUAUCUAUCUAUUUGUAUCUUGAGUGCUAAUAAAAUAUCUGAUGUGUCUUAUAAAUCCCUCGUCGUCGUUGUUGGUCGUUGGUCGUGUCGAAGAUGGAAAUUAGAAAAAAAUAGAAAGAAAAGAAUUAAAAAAAUAAAACAAAAAUCUUGUGAAUUUAAUCGAAAACUAUGACAAAGCCACGAAUCACCAUCAUCAACCUCGCCGCUCCAGAGUCUUAAGAACUCACUAUAAUGAAACUUCAUAAGAAGUAUACACUCUCGGAUUAUGUAUGCUUCUUUUAAUUGGCGGAACAUUUUAUUAUUGGAUUUAAUAUUCAUUGCCGGAUAGCAAAAAAACUAUAAAAAUGGUGAUUAAAAAAAGACUACAAUUAUUAUUCAUCAUAAGAAAUCUAAUUAAAAUGACUAUUUUAGAUAAAAUUGAUUUGAGAUAAAAAUUAAUAUAAAAAAAGUUAUAAAAUAUUUAAAAUUAAAAAAUAAUAAUAGUGAUUUAGUGAGAAGAAAAGAAAACAAAAUUAAACAAAAUGAAACCACUGACAUUUGAGUCAAUACGAAACUUUCUUCGUACAAAGAAGAAAGCUAAAGACAAAGAUGGCAUCGGUGGUGGAAUUAUGGAUGCUAGUUUCAAGCGUAGCGAUUCAUUCAAGCGUAUCAGCAUUCGAAAAAGUUAUCUAGAUCGGGGUCGUAAGAGAGCUGCGUUACGCGCUAAAGCAAUUGGCGCCAAUACAACAACUACUGGCAGCAGCAGUUGCAGUGGUUCAGGUGGUUCUGGGACUGGUAGUAGUGGCAGUGGCGGCGGCGGCGGCGGAGGCAAUCAUCAUUAUUCGCCGCCAACAACAAGUUCAAUGAUUGCUGAAGAGUUUGAAGCAAAUCCAAUUUUCAAAUUAGAUCGAAGGAAUGAUAACUAUCAUCAUCAUCACCAGCACCGUCAGCUUCAGCAUCAUCAUCUGCAUAAUCAUCAUCAACUUCGACCAGCAUCAUCAUCAUCAUCAGGAGCAUCAUUGGCACAAGCUAAGGCCAAUAAUUUUCCAGCGGCAAUGAUGACUGUGCCGGAGGUGAAGAAUGGGAUAUUCAUUGGAUCGUUGAGGAGAAAUUCUGUUGCUGAAGAAGAUGAAUACAAUCAUAACGAGGAUGACGAUGAAGUUGGGUAUAAUGUUGUUAGUAAUCUUCUGGGCGGCAGUGGCAACGGUAGUAUUGGUGACUGGGAGGACCCAAGGAAGCCACUGCCAAGACAAGAGACUGAAGUCCAAGUGGUUUCGGUGGAUUUUCAAAAUUCCAACAGUUCCGAGACGAUCUACAAUGAUGUCCUCGAAGAAGCAGGCUAUGCUGACGGAGGACGAGGUGGUGCUAAUGUCUCGACGGUGUCUGUGGGAAGUUUACAAGACGACGAUCGUUCUGUGAUAUCUGAGGAGAAUAUCUACGAAAAAGCUGAUUCGGUUCGGUUAGACUCACGAGGCAUCACGUUCAAGACCUUUACAUCAUCGCCAUCAUCUCCACCUGCCGUCAAGAACUAUCUCGAGACUAAUUUUGACACUUCUCAGGAGGAACUCGAUGAUUUUCCCACCGCCGCCGCAACAAGUUCGUCGUCAAAAAAAUCAGACUUAUCGUCUUCAAGUCGACAGAAUGUUUCCAAGACCACACUGAUUUAUGAGGAUCCCUUUGAUCAUAUCCACCGAAAACAAAUCAAAAACCACCCUGGGGAGAGUAUAGUUAUUCAUAUCUCUGGUACGAAUUCCCCGGGACUCCCACCGACGACGUUAGAAGCACCUCCGAAAAUAGUCGAAUCGCCUGAAGUUCCUGAAGAUCAUUAUCAAAAGGAACCUUCGGGUAAUGCUAAGUUCACCUAUGAAAUCUUCAAAGAGUUACAGAUGUCCAAAAAUGGGCCUGCAAGUCCUGUCAAGAAAACUAUCUCCCGUAGUUCGUCAUUCUCCGAGGUUCACUAUGGAAUUAGUACGAUUUGUGAAGACCCAGAUCAGUCGCCGGAGAUGGCGGCGGAUUACAACAAAUACCAUUCGUCAUUUUCCUACGAUCCCGAAGUCGAAAUGUACGACGAGGCUGAUAUGAUCUCUCCGGACAGUUCCAUACCGUACCCGCUAAGGGUGAAAAUAAACCCUUUUACCAGACAAAAAGAACUGUAUGCGGUCAAUUUGGGAAGAAUCUGGAAACAGUUGAAUUUGGGGCAAGGUGAAGAUCUGGAUAUGCGGGGAAAUUUCAAGAAAAAGAACGAGUCCUUCAAGUCUAUGUCUUCCCGGGAUUCAGGUUUCAGUUUGACCCUGACAAAACCGAAGAGUAUGUUUCGAAGGCGACAUGCCCCCGAGGGGAAUAAGGAUUUCCGAUUUCAGCGAAAUUCUUCGAGGAAACGAAAGUCCCGACGAACUUUGGCCCCUAUUGCAUCUCCUCACGAGCUAAAUCCAAGUCAAGACCACUUCGUCAAGGAGUUCGAAGAAUUCUGCAUGGCUCGACGGAGACGCAUGAAAGCGCGGAAGGACUACGCCGAUGAUACAUUCAACCAAGAAAUCAACGAUCUCGAGGCGUUUUUCGAGGAGCAUCUGAAGCGUCUAAAGGAGUACUAUCUGCAGCGCAAGAAGAUUAACGAUGCGACCUUGAGUGAGAUCUACGCCGAUAUGUCCCCAGCCGAGGCACAGACGUUCGAGUUCCCUCAUCCCGACAAGAGAGUAACGAACAACAAGAAGAAAUCCAAGUGUCUGUUCCAGGAAGUUCGAACCUUUAACGACGAGGACCACCACGAAGAGGACGCCUAUGCCAGUAUCGGAAACCAUCGGGACACUGAAGAUCUGUUCCACUAUCCCAAACAUUGGCGCAUGACUUCGCCGCGAAAAAGGACCAUCGGGCGAGGUCGAAGUACCGGUCGUCGCUAUAAGAAGUCUGAUGCCUACAAAUCCCGCCGGGAGAUCUCUCUGGCCAAUGUGUUUCCCUCCGUGUACGACUCAGAUGCCAUACCGCCGCCGUCGGGCCACCGCGGUGGACGUCGACGUCAGCAAAAACAACCCCCACCUUUGAAUCCCGACGGGACUUGCUCGUAUUGUUUCAAACGAAUGCGUGACGCCUCACGCCGGUGCUCGUCGAUCGCCAGCGAUGAGUUCAGCGAGCAGGAGUUCCUCUCGAACUGCGACGUCUGCUGGAACUGUGAUAACCAUUUAGCCGAUUGUGUUUGCGCACCGAUUCCCAGCACUGACUUCUGUUCCUGCCGACAUGCCUCGAUGACGGCAGCGAACUCGGGAAGCCCGUCGUGCGGCCGCAAGAAGAUUCGUCGAAAAAAGUCAAAACGAAAAGUUGGCAAGAAUCAUUCAACACUCAGACGAUGCUGCACUGGAAGUGAUAUCACACAAAAAGGAUAUGAAAAGAAACGAUCAAGACUGUUGCAGCCAUACAUGACAAAAGGCAACCAAGGUGGCGGUGGUGGUGCUAAUAAUGCCGGUAAUGGAAGCAGUAAUAAUGGCGGCGUUGGUGGAGGCGGAGGUGGUGGUGGCGGUGGUGGAGGAGGUGUAGUUGGAGUAGUUAAUAUGCCUCCCUACUACAAUCUGAAGGAUCAACAUCUGCAACAACAGACCGGAAAUAAUGGCAGUGGCAAUGGUGGAGUGCAAAUAUCCAGCGAAGGAUACAGCUAUGUGACUGAAGUUCCGUCGCUGCCAUCGUCCCACCAUCGACAUUCUAGUUCACACCACAAAUCCUCAUCGUCCCAUCAUCAUUCCGGAAGCGGUGGUGGCGGUGGUGGAGGAGGGGGUGGUGGAAAUAGUGGUAGCAGAGAAGGAGGAGGAGGGGGCAGUAGUGGAGGCGGCGGUGGUGGUGGACAUCAUCAGAAUCGAACACGAAGGACACAACGAAGAGUUACCCACAACGAGAAGCGAUAUCAUUCAGCUGGACCAAUUACAUCAAAUGUAAAACGUUCAGGUGUUGACUUAAGCAGUCAGCUGGCAGCCCUAUCUGCUGAAAUAGCCGCCAAAUCAAAUUUCAAAGGAUGUCGUCCUUACAACAAAAACGAACCACAACCUCAAGGUUCGCCAUUAUUGCAAACGCGCAAAUAUUCCGCUGGAAGCGGUGGCAGUGCUGGCAACAGUAGUGCUUCAUCCAGCAUGGAAAAACAACAAUCUGCCCUGAGCAAACAACAACAACAAGUGCCAUCAUUAAUAAACUCAAGGACAACAUCUUCAUCAAUUCAACAGACGAACAGCAGCUCGAUUUUACAGACAUCUGCCAAUUUGCUGGCACCAAGUGCAAUUUUAGCAGCUGUCAAAUCGAUGCAGGGCAAUAAAGUGUCAAAAUCAGCAAGUGGCAAUAUUAAGACGCCGAGUAAUAUCAACAACAACAACACCAGUGCCAACAACCGUAGCAAGUCAGAAUCACCAAGUGGUACAGUGCUAGGGGGUGGUGGUGUUGUAGGACCAGGUGCAGGUGGAGGAGGAUUAGGAAGCGGACACAUUAGUGGACGAACUGCAGGAUGUGUAGUAGGUAAUAGCGCUGAAAGAACUGUCAAAUCAGAUCAUAGUAAGAAUGCCCAAAAUGUCAAUGCCAAUGCCAAUGCACAGUGCGCACAAAAUAAUAGACCCAGUCGACGCUUGGGAAGGCACGAAAGUCGCUACACAAGUGAAGUUAGACAGGAAGCGGUGCAACAAGCUCUGGCCGCUCUUAAAAACCGGCCAAAGCCAAGUUUACCGAUGCCAUCGAAACGUAGUUCGGUUUUAAAUCGUAGUCCUGAUCGGGAUCAUGAUGAUACAGAUACAACAACCGAUGACGAAUCAAUACCAGAAGAAAGAAUUUCAACACCAGACAGAGAAUAUAAUUAUCCACGUGAUCAUAUAAAUAAUUCCAGAGAACAAAUUAUAAAACCACCAAUUCGUGAUUCUUCAGUUGGUGGUGGUGGCGGCGGUCAUAAGAAUUUUUCAGAUCGAAGACCACAACAAAAUUUACCUCCACCGCCACAUUCCGACACAUCGAGUGCAGGAUCACCGCCAGCUGUUCAUAGAAAAAAUAAUUAUGACUUUACUGAUAUUUCUGACUUCCAAAGACCAUGUGAGUUUAAAUCUAAUGAAACAUAUGUGGCUCCCGAUAUCACCCAAUUUAAUAAUACUCGCCGUGGUGCUGAUCGCGUCACCCGCUAUGUCAAUAUCUCACAAACCGAUGCCGGUGACACCGGUACAGCUGGACGAUGGAAAGUAUCAGCUAAAAUUCAACAAUUACUAAAUACCCUGAAACGACCAAAACGUCGACCAUUACCCGAAUUCUACGAGGACAAUGACAUCGAGUUGGAAAUAGCAGCAAAUCCAAAAGAUCCCAAUGCACCAAAGCCCGAAGGUAGUACAAUGUCAUCAGUACAGGGCGAACAAUUAGCUGUUGCAGCUCAAUUGCCACGUUCUUUGGAAGCAGCAUUACAACGUUUCGGCACAAAUGCAUUUAAGUCACCCAUGGCUACCGUAUUGGAUCCAAAUGGGAAGAUGACUACAACUUUGACAUAUGGAAAGCUGCUGUCGCGUGCACAAAAGAUUGCUUACGCUUUAACGACAAAGGUCUUCAGUAAGGGACCUGAGCAGAUAACCUUGAAGCCAGGUGAUCGAGUGGCAUUGGUUUAUCCAAAUAGUGAUCCGCUGAGUUUUAUAACAGCUUGGUAUGGUUGCAUGUUCCGUGGAUUGGUGCCACUGCCAAUUGAACUGCCCUUGUCCAGUUCAGAUACACCACCACAACAAGUUGGAUUCUUGUUGAGUUCAUGCGGCAUAAGUGUUGCCUUAACAUCAGAGGCGUGUUUGAAAGGUCUACCCAAAUCGUCGACUGGUGAAAUAGCCAAACUUAAAGGAUGGCCCCGACUCCAUUGGUUUGUAACUGAACAUUUGCCAAAACCUCCAAAAGACUUCAAUGUUGGUAAUGUUCGGAUAGAAGAGAAUGCCAUUGCUUAUGUCGAAUAUACCAGUGACAAGGAAGGCAGCGUAAUGGGAGUAACAGUGACCCGUCAAGCUAUGAUGAAUCACUGCCGUGCACUUACCAUGGCGUGUCACUAUACCGAAGGAGAAACCAGUGUCUGUGUGCUCGACUUCAAGCGGGAGGUUGGCUUGUGGCACGCAGUUCUUACAUCAGUGCUAAAUGGCAUGCAUGUUCUAUUCAUUCCGUAUGCUCUUAUGAAGCAGCGACCAUCUUCCUGGAUGCAACUGAUCACCAAACAUCGCGCUUCAUGCUGCCUCGUCAAGAGUCGUGACUUGCAUUGGGGCUUGCUAGCCACAAAGGAUCACAAAGACAUCUCAUUGUCAUCGCUUCGUAUGCUCUUGGUGGCAGAUGGUGCCAAUCCUUGGUCUCUCUCGUCGUGUGAUCAAUUUCUCAGCGUUUUUCAGUCGAAAGGUUUACGAUCUGAUGCAAUCUGCCCGUGUGCUAGUAGUUCCGAGGUCUUUACGGUAUCUCUGCGUCGUCCCGGACGUUCCUCGAGCGGAUUCACUCAAUCAGCAACUGGGCGAGGUGUUCUUUCGAUGGCUGCACUUUCUCACGGUGUGGUGCGUGUCGAUAGCGAAGAUUCACUCACUUCUCUAACACUUCAAGACUGCGGUCAGGUAAUGCCUGCAGCCCAAAUGGUUGUCGUACGGUCCGAAGGCACACCAGUUCUCUGCAAGACAGAUCAAGUUGGAGAAAUUUGCGUGACUAGUGGUGCGACUGGCACGGCCUACUAUGGCCUUGAAGGACUGACCAACACCACAUUCAAAGUCCAACCACUCGUCGAUGAUCCCGAUCCAAAGGAUCCCAACACCGGCAAACCAAUAUGCGAUGAAUUCUUCGUUCGCUCUGGCCUCCUUGGUUUCCUAGGACCUGGAGGUUUAGUCUUUGUGUGUGGAUCUCGAGAUGGACUCAUGACUGUAACCGGACGCAAACACAACGCUGAUGAUAUCAUUGCCACCGUCUUGGCUGUCGAACCGAUGCGUUUCAUCUACCGCGGUCGCAUCGCCGUCUUCAGUAUUAAAGUUCUCCGAGACGAACGUGUUUGUGUUAUUGCCGAACAACGCCCAGAUUGUUCCGAAGAAGAGAGCUUCCAAUGGAUGUCACGUGUGCUGCAAGCUGUCGAUUCAAUUCAUCAAGUCGGAAUCUAUUGUCUCGCUUUGGUUCCACCAAAUCAUUUGCCUAAAACUCCACUCGGUGGAAUUCAUCUCUGUGAAGCUAGACGUCGAUUCCUCGAAGGAUCUCUACAUCCGGCAAAUGUUCUCAUGUGUCCACACACUUGUGUUACAAAUCUUCCAAAACCAAGGGAAAUCCAUCAAGCAGUGCAACCAACAACAACUAGUAGUAGCUUAUCUGGAUGUGGUAUUACAGACACAUCAGUUGGACCGGCCUCAGUUAUGGUUGGCAAUCUGGUGCAGGGCAAUCGAUUGGCAAUGGCUCAAGGACGUGAUGUUGGAUUGUCUGAAGAUAGCGAGAGGAAGCAUCAACUUAUAACCGGGGUGUUAAGGUGGCGUGCAAAUUCUGCACCUGAUCAUGUUUUGUAUACCCUGCUUAACUCAAAAGGUGCUGUUGCUAAAACACUUACCUGUUCUGAGCUGCAUAAACGUGCUGAAAAAAUUGCUGCUCUCCUUCAAGAAAGAGGAAAGAUUGAACCUGGUGAUCAUGUUGCUCUCAUCUUUCCACCGGGCUUGGAUUUAAUUUGUGCAUUCUAUGGCUGUUUAUAUUUGGGUGCUGUGCCAAUUACCAUUCGCCCACCACACCCACAAAAUCUCAUCACAACAUUACCAACUGUUCGAAUGAUUGUUGAUGUUUCCAAGAGUGGUAUUGUAUUAUCGAUUCAAUCGAUUAUCAAAUUGCUGAAAUCACGUGAAGCUGCCGCUUCAAUAGACCCCAAAAGUUGGCCACCAAUUUUGGAUAUUGAUGAUAAUCCAAAACGUAAAUUGACUGCAAUAGCUAAUUCGACUUUAGACUCGACGGCGUAUUUGGACUUUAGUGUAUCAACAUGUGGUCGAUUGAGUGGAGUCAUCAUUACCAAUAGAUCCCUUUCGAGUGUGUGUGCCAGUUUGAAACUAGCCUGUGAAUUAUACCCAUCACGCCAUGUGGCACUCUGCCUGGAUCCUUAUUGUGGUCUAGGCUUUGCAAUGUGGACCUUGAUUAGUGUUUAUAGUGGUCAUCAUUCGAUUUUAAUUGCACCUUAUGAAGUCGAAGCAAAUCCUAGUCUCUGGUUGUCCACCCUAUCUCAGUACAGAGUUCGUGAUACAUUUUGCUCGUACGGAGUUAUCGAAUUGUGUACAAAAGCACUUAGCAAUUCGAUACCAGCACUGAAACAGAGAAACGUCGAUCUGCGCUGCGUGAGGACAUGUGUUGUAGUCGCUGAGGAACGUCCUCGCGUUCAACUCACACAGCAAUUCUGUAAACUUUUCCAAGCACUCGGACUGAAUACACGUUGUGUAUCAACAUCGUUUGGUUGUCGAGUAAAUCCAGCGAUUUGCGUUCAAGGUGCCAGUUCAGCAGAGAGUGCGCAGGUGUACGUUGACCUUAGAGCGUUACGCAACAACCGAGUGGCUCUGGUCGAACGAGGUGCACCUAAUUCAUUGUGUCUGAUUGAGUCGGGAAAACUUCUGCCCGGAGUGAAGGUUAUAAUCGCCAAUCCAGAGACAAAGGGUCACUGUGGAGAUUCACAUUUGGGUGAAAUUUGGGUACAAUCUCCUCACAGCGCUAAUGGAUACUUCACCAUUUAUGGUGACGAAACCGACUACAAUGAUCAUUUCAAUGCCAAAUUAGUUACCGGAGCAACGACUGAAGUAUACGCCCGCACCGGUUAUUUAGGAUUUUUGCGACGCACCGAAUGCUCUCAAGCAGUAUCGAUUCUAGACGAAACUACACCCAGUAUUGCGAGUCGAGAUAGUGACACAGAAUCAUUACAUUCGAUGAGCCAAUUACAACAUAAUUUAUCUUCAAUUUCGAUUGGCAAUCAAUCGGGUGGUGGAACAAAUAAUCAAGAUCAAGAAUUACAUGAUGCUGUUUAUGUGGUAGGAGCAUUGGAUGAAGUUAUAACAUUGCGAGGAAUGAAUUAUCAUCCAAUUGAUAUUGAAAAUUCUGUGUUACGUUGUCAUAAAAAGAUUGCCGAAUGUGCUGUAUUUACGUGGACAAAUCUACUAGUCGUAGUUGUUGAAUUAGAUGGAAACGAAUCAGAAGCUCUGGACUUGGUACCAUUGGUAACGAACACAGUUUUGGAAGAACAUCAAUUGAUUGUUGGUGUUGUUGUUGUUGUGGAUCCAGGUGUGGUUCCAAUCAACAGUCGCGGUGAAAAACAACGUAUGCAUUUACGAGAUGGCUUCCUAGCAGAUCAAUUGGACCCCAUUUAUGUUGCAUAUAAUAUGUAAAUAAUUUAAAAACAAAAACACACACAUUACUACCAGAACAAACAUAAGAACAACAAAUUCAAAUGGGAUCGUCUAAACUUUCCAUUCGUAUUUAACAAACUUUUUCGCAUAAAAACAAACAAAUAUUAAAUAAUUAAAAUCAUUAUUAUUAUUGAAGAUAAAACAUUCAUACAUAUACGUAAAAUAUGUAUUUUUUGAUAAUCCCCAAAAUAAAGAAAACAAAUUCAAACGGACAACAAAAAUUCAUAUAACUAAAAGAAAACAAAACAAACGAAAGAAAACAAUUCGGAGAAAAGAAAAAAGAAACCAAUUACAAUAAUUAAACAAAAGCCUCAAAAUCUUCAUUAAAAUAAAACUUAAUAUUGAUACAACGUAUGUAAUAAUAAAAUAUACGAAAGUUUUUAGAUCUAUACACACAUUAAUAAUAUCCCGAAAAUAAGAAAAUAAUUUAAAUUUAAUAUUAAACAAAACAAAAAGAAAUUCGGACAAUUUUCUAGUUGUAGAAUCCCAGACCACACACAAUAAUAAUAAUUAAAAUUUUGUGUUUAAACAUUUGUUUUAUUUUAGUUAAAUUACUAUAGUUUUAUCUCUUGCUAGGCAUUUAAUGAAAAUUUAAACAAAAUGAAAAUAAAAAACCUAAUAAUAUAUUUAAAUUAAUAAAUUUAAUAAAAAAUAAAAACAAAAGCAAUCUUAUAAGAAUUUUUUACAAUUGAUAAAUUAAAAAUAAAAUAAAUUUAACUAAAACAAACAAAAUAACGUAAAUAACUUAUAAAUUCGGUAUUGAUUGGGCUAAAGUGUAUUUUAAGAAUAAAUUACUAUCAAUUUAGUAUUUUUUUGUCUCUUAUUUCAAAAAUAUCUUAUAUAACAAAAAUUAUGUAUAAUUAUAAUAACCUGCACAAUAAUCCACUAGUGGUUUGCAAAGAAACAAACAAACAAAAAUUAUUCACUUUGUAUUAUUGAUAUUUUGAAAUCGAAAAUAAUACAAAUACAAAUAAAUUAAUACUUUAAAUAUAAUUUCUUUUUUGUUUUUAAGUAUGUUUUUAAAUUCACAUUAAAAAACCUAAUUGAUUACAAUUAUAAAUUAUAUUGUACUCCUUCGUAAUUAUUAAAAAUUUUAUGAAAUGAAAAAUAAUCAUCUGAGAAUGAUAUCGAAAGAUAAUUUUAUUAUUAAGAUGUGAAACAAUAAUUAUUAUGAUUAUUGUAUUGUAAUAACUCAAUGUCGAAGAACAAAAUAAAUAAAAA